AUGUAUGUCGAAGGGGGGGCCGCCCUCAAGGAGUCCUACCAAUGGAUCCUCCGCCAUCCUAAGUUUCAAUGUUGGCGCGACAACGACGAUAGCCAGGUCCUUUGGAUCAAGGGCGACCCUGGCAAAGGCAAGACGAUGCUGCUCUGUGGCAUCAUCGACGAGCUCCGCGCUACCACGAAACUGGCGGAUCACCAAGCGAAGACCCUCAUAUCGUUCUUUUUCUGCCAAGCCACCGUCCCCAAGCUGAGUAACGCUCAUGCUGCCCUGCGUGGGUUGAUCUAUAUGCUUGUGGACACGCAGCCGACGCUUCUAUCCUAUGUACGGAAACAAUUCAAGGGCACCGGGGAGCAGCGAUUUGGGGAUGCGGAAGCGUGGGCUGCAUUGUGCAAUAUGUUCUUGGAUAUUUUGCGCGAUUUGAGCCUAGACAAGACAUACAUCCUGGUUGACGCUCUCGACGAAUGCGUGCAGGACCAAGACAAGCUCUUGAAAUUGAUUCUCCAAGAGACGAAAGAUCUCCCGCACGUCAAAUGGAUCAUUUCCAGCCGAAACCAUGUCGAACAGCGCACACGGCUGGUGGACUCGCAAUCAAUACUGAGUCUGGAACUGCAGGAGAACGCAGAUCUCGUGUCCGGGGCGAUCAGUGCUUAUAUUUCCGACCGAAUAUCGAACACCGAAUCUCUCCGGGACAACCCGGACCGGGAAUAUGUUCGACAAGUCCUCCACGAGAAAGCCGAGGGAACGUUCCUCUGGGUGGCUCUCGUCGCUCAGGAGCUCCAGGAUGCCGAUAGCUGGGAUGUGAGGCAGGUGGUCGAUGAUGUACCAACUGGGCUGGAUGAUCUGUAUGCGCGGAUUAUCGACCAGAUCGAACAACUGGAGCCUCGAAGCCGAGAGUACUGUCAGCUGGUUCUCUCGGCGACCACCCUAGCCUACCGGCCGCUUCAGCUGCUGGAGCUGGGAGCUGUGUCCGGACUUCCCGAAGUGAUCGCCGGCAACGCCAAGAAUAUGGAGAAGAUCGUCAAGAAGAGCGGCUCUUUCCUCACGGUUCGCGACAAGACAAUCUACUUUGUGCAUCAGUCCGCGAAGGACUAUCUGAUCGAAAAAACCGUGUUGAGCAUACUUCCCUCCGGCCAUGCGGCGGCCCACUACCGUAUAUUCACGCAAUCACUGCAGAUCAUGAACAAGACGUUAUCGAAGCGUGAUGCAUACUGCCUCGGCGCCCUCGGUACUCAUAUCACCGAGGUCAAGCAGCCUGAGCCAGAUCCACUCGCAGCAGCGCGUUAUUCAUGUGUCUACUGGGUGGACCAUCUCGAACAAUCUGGAUCAUACGAAGAACUUCAGGACGCUGGCCCCGUCGACACAUUCCUCCGAACCCGAUGUCUCUGCUGGCUCGAGGCACUGAGUCUCCUUCGAAGCGUAACUAGUGGAGUCCUGUCGAUAGAGAAACUUGGUAGUCUGCUACGGGUAUGUGGUCAUUUAUUGCGCUUCAUACAGUUCUAA